UGGCGGAAAGCGGUGCCUGUCUUGAAAGGGCCUCCAGUAAUUUGCGGUGGCGGCCACAACCCAGCAAGAUGGCGCCGUGCAGGAUCCGGCUCCGGUGGGUGCUGUGGACGGUCGUCUUGGGACUGUGCAUUGCGCUGCUGCCGAUACUAGUUGUGCUGGUGGCUCGAACUUAUACUACGCGAGUCUCCGCGGCGGCGGGCCUUGCGCUUCGGGGGCAGAGUGCGCAUCAGUGGGUUAUAAAGACCGCGCAGCCCACUGCGUUGAGUCCGCAAGAGCGGCAGGAGCUCAAGGAAGCUCUGAAAGUUUACGCCAACGGUCUCGAUUUGAGGCUCGGUUCCAACAGUAAUUCUCCUCUGAUCUGGCACCACCAACAGAAGAGAGAGAGCGCGCGCGAGCGCACAUCUGUUCAGACAUUAUGCUGUAUGUGCCUUACAGGUGCCAUCAGACUGCAGACAGUUUCCUUUUCAGACAAGGAACAGAAUACAACAGCUUUGGCAGAAUUUGAGCCUUAUAUCCGCAGAGUCUUUCCUGAACUGUUUUCUGCCCCAUUCAUUCAACAUGAAGUUAUCGGAGAAUAUAGCCAUCUGUUCACCAUCCAGGGAUCUAACCCUCAGCUACAACCUUACAUGCUGAUUGCACACAUAGAUGUGGUCCCAGCUACCUCAGAUGGAUGGGACAUUGAUGACCCUUUCUCUGCUGAAGAACGUGAUGGCUUUAUUUAUGGAAGAGGAACACUGGAUAAUAAAAACUCUGUUGUGGCGAUUCUGCAUGCUCUAGAAUUCUUAUUGAGACGAAAUUACAGACCCCGCAGGUCUUUCUAUAUUGGCUUUGGGCAUGAUGAAGAGGUGGGUGGAAAAAAAGGAGCAAUGAAGAUUGUGACUGAGCUGGAAUCUAGAGGAGUAGAACUUUCUUUCUUGCUUGAUGAGGGAAGCUUCAUCUUUGACGGGGUCUUCACUGCAGUAAAGAAACCAAUAGCUAUUGUAGGUAUCACAGAAAAAGGUUCAAUCACAGCAAGUUUCAGUGUGACAUUGGCUCCAGGUCACUCUUCUGCCCCAUCUAAGAGGACGAGUAUUGGUAUUCUUUCUGAAGCAAUUUCCAAAUUGGAGCUGAAUCCCAUGCCCAAUCUGUUUGGCCAUGGACCUGAACUCAUGAUGUUUGAGCAAAUGGCACCAGAGUUUAGCUUCCCCCUCAAUAUCAUAAUGGCAAAUCUGUGGCUGUUUGCACCACUUGUUGGCAGAAUUCUAGAGCAGGUUCCCUCUACGAAUACCCUAGUUCGGACCACCACUGCAAUCACUAUGUUUCAUGCCGGAGUCAAGUCUAAUGUUAUACCACAAUCUGCGAACGCAACUAUAAAUUUCCGCAUCCAUCCAUCACAAACAGUUGAACAGGUCCUGAAAAUAGCAGAGAAAACUAUUGAUGAUAACAGAGUGAAGAUAGAAACAAUGAAUGCCUUUGAUCCUCUCCCAGUUAGCCCCUGGGAUGACCAGACCUUAGGAGUGCAGGUUUUCCGCCAGACCAUCCUGGAUGUUUUCCCAGAUGUUGGUGGUAUCGUUCCAGGCAUUUGUGUUGCAAACACUGACAGCAGGCACUAUGGUGGUCUCACAAAAGCCAUUUAUCGAUUUAACUCAGUGAUCUUUAAACCUGAUGAUUUGCCAAGGUUCCAUGGGUUGAAUGAAAGGAUCUCUAUAGAAAGUUAUGAAAAGCAAGUGGAAUUUUUCUUCCAGCUGAUUCAAAAUUCUGAUAUUGAUGAACAGGCAGAUCCACAUAGAGAUUCCCAUGAGCUGUAAAAACAAGAAAGUAAGAAGGUGUGUGGGUAUUGUUUGGGUCAGAAGGAUACAAAGCAGCUGCAUUCAGUAUUGCCCUCUGUUCUGGUACUGAGUUAUUAGGAAUGGUGAUAAGCCUACAGAUCUAAAAGAAAGGACACUGUUGUGUUACAGAGCAAACAAGUCAUGAAACAUACUAAAAACUAAAGUUGGACAAAUUACUUUGGACCAAAUCAAAUAUAUUAAUUGUCAUGCUGCAUUGUACCUCCCGCCAUUAGAGCUCUGAGAACCUUAUGCUGACCAUAUAUAUCAGCACUAUAAAGUAUACAUACUGAAGCCUCAAAAACUGUUCUCUCAAAUGGGGGGAAUGGCAGUUCUCCAUAAAGACAGUGAUCUUCCCAAACAUAGGGGAGCAGUUCCUGUUGUGUGCUAAGCUGAGAACAACAUUUAAAUAGCAGUAAUUGGGGCAAACUUUCAGCAUUGCAGUAUUAAUAAUCUGAAGUGUGAGCUACCACACUUACCCCCUAAACUGUAAACUGGACUUUACCUCUGCCAAACACUUCUUACAAAUUAACAACUGAAAAAGAAAAUUAGUGACACUAUUGUCUUUAUAAACACCUAACAGUAAAAGGAGAACAAAAACAAAAACCUCAAAACAUAUAUGAAUCGCCCAAAGGAUGGUGCUGCGUCUAGAGGUGCCUUUAGAUUGUUGGAUCUUUAAAAUCCAGUGUGAAGCAUAAGAUUGGAAAGUUAGUACAUGUUGCCACAUUUAUAGAGAGAGAUAAUAAAUGGAUUCAAUGUUUCUUAUUCACUAAACUGGUUUAUAUUGACAGCCUGGAAAUCAGUUUAUAUUGAUUUUCCAUGCUUCUCCAUUUUCACUUUAUUCUUUCUUUAAAGAUAUUGUGUUCUGAAUGUCUUGUCAGUGUUCUGUUCCUUCAGUGAAUGUACACUUGACAGACAAAAAUUACACCUAAAUUUAACUUCAAUGCUGGUAGGAGCCGAGCCAGGGAGCUUGUGUCUUCUUCACUACUCUUCUGUGUGACAUUCAGCUGCUGUGACUCUUUCAGUUAUAACCACCAGGGAAGAUGCUGCAAUAGGACAGUCCUUGAAGUUUUGCUUUUCAUUUAUUACUCUCAUUGCUUCUGGUUACUGAAGCCUGUUGCUAGAAACUUGAUUACAUAAUUCCUAAAAAGAAGAAAAAAGUUAUUUUCCUUUAAAGAACUAAAGGGGCACAAUGUAUUUUAAUAUGGUUGCAUGUUAAGAGAAAAACAAAUCUCCUUUGCUUCUUUGUUCCUCAGGGCUCUUCAGAUGCCAAGUUUAAGGACUUGAAAUACACUGGAAUAUGCUUUCCCCUAGUAUUAGUUUAAUUUAAUCACACACUUUUAUAGUAUUAAAAAAAUGGGGCUAACACUAGAUUAUACUGUGAUUUUUGUGGACAUCCUCUGAAUGUAUUUGCACUGUGACUUGACCUGGAUGUGAUAACUGUUAAGACUUGAUUCAGCAGGACGUUCAUAUAAAAGCAAUAAAAAGGUAUACCAUUGUCUGCUGCUUGAAAA